GCAGCUGAGAGAAGCCAGCUUCCAUUAAAAAUGAAUGGCUUCCGGUAUCUUUAGAAGCUCAAGUCGGCGGCGGUGUGUACGUACAGUUAGAGUUUAGGUAGCCAAAUCUUAUUAAAAACGAUGGCUGACACCUCCCAGACAGCCAGAGCUCUUGUUUAUCUGAGGCCGAGACAACACCGAGUAAAUAUGCGGUUGAUUCUGAGACGAGACCUUCAAAUUGUUGCCUUGAAACUGAUCUUUACAGUAGACCAAGACCCAUCUCUCGAGUACUACAACACUGGUCGGCAAAGUAUUCCUUAAAUUGUUGUUCUAUAGAAGAACAGGGGAGGUUUUGUAGUCCAGGUCCUACCAAUGUUUGGUAUGUACAGGCCAGAGGCGUAGGCAGUAAUGGGCCAGGGCGGCACUGGCCCGCCCACUUUACUCACUGGCCCGUCCAGCCAAGUUUGAUCAAAAUACGUUUUGUUAUGAAAAAUAUUCAACUAUAUAUAUUUAGGUUGUGUGUGUUUAAUGGGUAUUUUCUUCUGAUUAAAACAAAACUGUUUAAACCAAACAAUCAAACAAUUAGAUCAAACGCCUUCGGAACGUAGUUGGUUGCUAUGGUAACAACAGGCAGACUCUCCGGGCUACCUUCAGCAGCUAACGUUAGCUAGCUGGCUAUUUAGACAACGUAGCUAGCUACCACGGAUGUGUUAAGCAAUGCACUGUUAAAAGCGUUACCGCGACAACAAUGGCUUCUCUUUAAAGUGGUAUGGACAGUUUUCUUGGAUGGAAUCCAGUGUAAAUAAGGACAAGCUUUUCUGCAGCAUGUGCAGACAUUUCCCCAGCGAGAGAGGAGGCCCUCACACAGGUAACAUUAAGUCAAACGUCUUUCACGCUUCUUGUGUUAUUAAUUAAGUAACCUAGCUAACCUAGUAACCUUCCUAUUUUAGUAAGAAAUGGUGAAUACUAAUGAUGGCUUCUAGCUGAAACGCGUUUGUGUUUUGUCCACAUCAAAUAAGAAGAUAACUUCUCUGUGAGUGACCUAGUUUUGAGUUUUCUUUGACCCUGUCACUGCUGUGGACGUAAUACACUGUCUAAGAUUUGGCACCUGGCUGGCCACUUUUCAUUAUAUCUUUCAUAAUUUAGCUAAACAAUGCUUGGCUGGAAGUUUUCAUUCUUUGAUUUUCUUUUACUGCUGGUAGCCAUUUGCUGCUCAUGAUCUGACCUGAGAGUCCUGAAGCAACAAUGCUGUUGCAUUGUUACAUGUGUGAUUUCUGUCUGAUGUAGGCUAUUCUAUGUCCUGCAGUAUGUAAACGCCUUCUCUGCUGUGUGGGUUCAUGUUUAGUUGCCACUUUAUGCAAUAAAAGGGUUAAUUUUAUAACAGUGCUGUGCAGAGCCAAUGCUGCUGUUUCUGCCGGUGCAAAUAUAUUUUAGCCUGAAUAUGUUACAAUCUACAGGUUUUUGUCUAUAUUGUUGAGUACAAACUUUUUAGACAGAGCUUUGUUGUUGAGCAUGUUGGAGACAGUACUGUUAUUGCCGUUGUAAUGCAGUAUGUUGGAAGGUAAAAUCGUUGCUGUUUUUUUCAGUUAGUCCUUUUUCCUACUUCGUCUUUUAGAAAAGGCCCACCCACUUUUGUACUGGCUUGCCCAAAAUACUAUUUCUGCCUACGCCCCUGGUACAGGCCAGACACCAUCACCCACAACCACCUUUGGGAGCGCACCAAGGAAGAACCCAUGAAACUUUAAAUUAGGAGUAGGAAGUGAUGCUGGAUCACAAUCAGAAAACUGACACUUAAGGGUCUAAUAAUAGAGAGUGUUGCAUGUUGCUCAGAUUUGAAAGACUGCUGACACAAAUUUGGGAUUUGUCAACAUGGACUGAAAAAACAAAAAUUCCCAUUCACCUGAGUUUUAUUUGGUAGGCGGAUUUCAGGACCAACUCCAUUCUGGCUCUCUGUCCCCAAAAAACAAAAUUUAUUUUGUUAAAAUUAGUGGUGGAAAAAUUUUCAAAAAUAUCAAAGUACUGCAAUGGAAUAAUAGAAUAAUAUAAUUACAGAAUUUGAGCCUUUUUGAAACAACAGGUUACAUACCGUAUCAACAGAAAACAACCAAGCUAAAUCUGGCAAAUACAUUUUAAAAUGUUAAAAUGAUCAAUAAACUAGACAACAAACUAUUCAGUUUCAUUAUUAAGUCUUUAAAUGAAGUAUAAAUUUAGCUCACAUCACUGAAAAGGAAAUAAAAUAGGUGUUAUUUACUUUUCUGUAGCUUGUACCUGCUGCCAUUUUUGGUGUGGCUGUCAGCAAAUCUUUAAAUGUUCGCCUGAGAACUUGUGGUACCAACGUUGAUGAGAUCGAUAGUUUCAGGUUCUCUCCAGCAUGCACUGCUACGUUUUCAUCAAAGAGGCUGUCAAAGUGUCUGUGCCGCUCCUGUCACUGGCAGAGCAGACACACUUUGCUCCUCUCUUAAUACAUCCAUGCCCACCCCCCGUAGGGAAUUUACGUCCGCCAUAGUUAUCAUUGUUUAGAUUCCAGUGCAGUGGUUCCGAAAUAACAAAUCUGACAGUGACUGUCUGGCAAAAAUGCUGCGUCAUGCUUACUAAUUGUGAUCAUAUUUGUAAACGCAGCGGAGAUCCCUUUGAUCUCCGUAAUCACCUGACGAUCGUAUCACCUGCUGUUGGACUGCUCCCUUACACAGAGCGACCUGCGAAAAGAAGCCUCAGACAGCUUAAACUAUAGGUGGUAUCAGUGAAAUGUCCUGAUUCGUGAGUGCCACAAGGCCUUUGCAAAUUUAUUGGUAUAUACUGUAAUUUGUGUAGAUAAAAAUAAAUAAUGACUGAAAUCGCAGUUUCAAAAUACACUUCGUUUGCGUUUUGCCUCAAGAGAGAAUGAGGAUGAAUAGCUUUCGUGAGCACAUUACCUGAAAGAAGACAAGAACACUUUUUAAUGUAUUAAUUGUUUGUGACAAGUAAAUUGUGGGCAUGAGAGCAAGUUAUAGAGAAGAGACUAAGAUUAUGCUACUUUCUCAAGGCUCCGUGCUCUAGCCAUGACAUCACCCAUUGUUAGUCACGCAAUACACACCCUUUAUAAACGCAAUGGCUGAAAGGAACACUAAACUUAAACGAUUGAUAAAAGAUAUCAAAACACUGAAUAGACCCUGAAUGGCUGAAUUUUUCAUGAGUGUUUUAAAGUUUGAAUCACGUCAGUAGGUGAAAUUUGAAGGAGGAGUAGCAUUUUGAAGUAGAAGAGGAUUUGAAGGAUUUAAAGUCUGCAUCUCACUUUCAUUGUAAUAAAAAAAGUUGAAAAAAGCUUAAUAUUUGAAAAAGUAAAAAUAGCAGAACAAAAGUUGAAGAGGAGCCGUCAUGUCCUUAAAGAGCUGAACAUUUUGAUAUUUGAAUAGUUUUUGUAGCUGAACGUAUGCAGAAGUUAGAGACGACCACAAAAUGUACGGAAGAAGAAAAUUGAAGAAUAAAGAACAGGAGAACAAUACUGUGAAUGCUGUUGAAUGAGCGUUCAUAUAAUUAGAUAUGGCACAACCACUUUUUUUCUGUUGCACACCUCCAAUUUGUUUUUUUGGCAAGGUUACGGACCACAAAAUACAAGUAUGAACCUGAAAAUGUUAUAUAAUAGGUACACUUUAAGGUUUAGGCAGCCAAAUUUGAUUACAGACGAUGGCACCUUUUUUUAUCCGAGACUGAGACAAGACCAAGUAAAAAUGUGGUUGAUUCGGAGACGAGACCUUCAAAAAGUGGCCUUGAGACCAAGACCCGUCUCUGGUACUACAACACUGUUGUAGUCCACAAAAUGAACGGAAGAAGAUGUCGUAACAAACACUUUUCGAUAUAAAACCCUGUAUUGUGUGUUUGCGUGUGUUGUUCUCAUUUCUGUAUCAGAAUACUUGAAAACCAAACAAAAGUCUUCCGGGAAAUCUUUAACAUCGGGGAUUGUGUCUGAUGAUAUGGUCCAGUGCGUGACUUACUGUAUGCCUGCUUGCGUGUUCUUGUGUUCUUAUUGUUCAUUGAGUGAGGAUAGAGUGACGUUAUGUCCUCAAACUGGUUUUGCUGUCUUCCACAAAAACCUCCGACAGCAUGACACUAUUUCAAAGUAUUUAUCUAGCUGCUUAUCUAUAGUCUGCAUCUGAUUCCAAUCACAUAUCUGUGACACUGAGUUACAAUUAUUAAACACGUAAAUCAAAGUCUCUUUCUCAGUCCCCGUGGUUAAAUUAGUUGUUACUGCAUGAGUGGGGUUUUCUAUUUCUGUGUUUCUGCCGGCCUUUCUCAUACAGGUACAUACAUAUAAAGAUGUCCCACUCUAAUUAGUAUUAUAAAUAGUUUAAUAGAUGCAAUGUGUUUAUGUCAUGUAGUAUUCAUAUUGUAUUGUUACUGUCAUCGUAAGUUAAUUUCCUUCUGGUAAAAGGAGUGGUAAUUUGAAUCAUCAAGGGGCAGGACUGGCCUUUAUUUAGUUUCUCUUCAAUCUCUCAGGACGCACCAUGGCUGCGAGAGAAGAACAGGCAAACAGAGCUGCAGAAUGGCGGGAAGACCAUUUCAGGUCGAAUGCUUUCCGGAUUAUUAACAUAAUGUUGGAACUGAAUUCAGAACAUGCUACAGUGCUCGUGGAUGAGAUUCUUCACAGCAUCUUCUUUUUGGGAAAGAUAAAUGAUCCACAGCAUCCCCCAGAAAGUAUUGUGACUGAUGCCGAUAUGCUGGAUGGCUUGAAGAUCAUCUACCCUCGGCCUUUUGACCACUUUUCCUCUCAACUGCCCAAGCGGAGUCCAUUCUCAUGUGUGCUAGACAUGAUUGUCCUCCUGACUGGAGAAGAGAAUGAAGAGGAAAUUAAGAAGAAGGUGCGUGAGAUUACCAAACAACUGAGGAGGGGUAGAACAAGGCCUCUUAUCUCCUCCACCAUCUGUGUAUCUCAGAUCCCAAAUUCAGUCAGGUACUAUGGUGUCUCCAUGUCCACUGCUGGGCGUAUUCCUGGUAGAAUCAUGGUUGCUGCAUCCUGUCUUAGCUCCUGGGACAGAUAUGUGGCUGGUGCAGUGAUGACCUACUACCUAAAUAAUGCCAACAUACCAGAUUUUGAUGGGAUCAUCAGACUGCCAGAGAAUGUCCGGUGUGAGGCGUUCAACAUCCUUCAAGACUCAUCCCCCAGAAACAGUCCCACGGACCCAGCCCAAAACCCCAUCUCUGCAAUAAUAAUUAAUAAAGGCUGGUUUAAGGAUGGCAGCAUUGCCUCAACGCUGAAAAAACACAUCUUGUCUGAAACUCUGUCCUAUGGAGAUUUGAGCAAGGGGUUUUGUGGGGGGGCUCAACAUUACACCUGCUCCGAGAUCUAGGGCUAUGAGGCUAAGAACUACAAAAAAACUUGAGGGAGCUCUCAGAAGAGGCAGAGAAGGCCAGCUUCUGGUUAUGGCUGAGGAGGCGUGACAAGAUCUGGGGAAGUAGCAGCUCUUGAGGAAGAGUUAGCUGUACUAAUGUUGGUGUGUGUUUCUAGACACACUACCUACCUGCCUUGUGUAUUAUCCGUGUCAUAAAGCUGUGUGUUUAUGCACCUUUCUGGUCUCUGGACAGCAGUUUGCAGGUGUAUAGUUUGACUGAAGGCGACAGAUUUUCCCAGAAGGCAACAAAAGCUGCACUUGUCUACUCAUCAGCUGUAAGUUUGUUUAGUUCAUGAAGAGGCUUUUCCAGUUUGAAGUAUAUCUGUUUAAACAUUACGGUUACACUGUUUUUGUGUCUUUUACAUAGCUUACUGAGAUUUAAACUUAACGUAAAUUCUUUCAGGAAGACUUCUAAACUUCAUCCACCGCUCUCUCUUCCUAAAACUAAUCAGCUGUUUCGAGGCGUUCACACUUUUCAGUUAAACCAACCAGAAUUGUCCAUGAAUUCCACGAGCCUAUCACAGCAUGACAUCCCUGCUUUAAUUCUGUUCUUCUCUCUGCUGCUGUCAGUUGUCAUUUCAGGCAAAGUGUGCAACCCUGCUCCUCCCCCCCCCUUCCACCUCCAGUCAUCGUCACCCACGGCAACCUGGGUGACGAUGACUGGAGGCAGACCGCUCCCAUCGGCUCCUUCGGUCCAGUCUUCAGGGUCCUUCACCCCCACCACCAGUGUCUAGACUCCAUCGGGGGGAUAUGCCUUGGCUCCACUACCCCUUAUAAAAUUAUUUUUAUAAUGAUGGAUUCGAUUCGCCAAAGACUCUGUACAUUUCAUAUUAGGCAUAUGUACAAAUAAACCAGUGUAUAUUUUCACAAAGUCUCUCCUGAUUGAAAUGUGUGACUCAUGAUUAGAUCAUCUGUGAGUUUUCUCUGCUCUGGUUUGACUGGUUUAUUAAGCCAGUUAUUGUGAGAACUUUACUCUUGUCUUCGAUUGGUAGUUGAACCUUACAGUGAGCAUAUCUUUACAGAACGGACUAAAUGGAUCACCAAAUCCAGAGUUACACAGCGCACAGGACACGUUUUGUCCAGAAAACACGUCCGAAAACAUGUUUGAGUGCUUGAGUUGCAUUUACUGAAAAUAUUUGACUUGGCUUAAUCAGUACUAAUUUAACUGAUAUUCAAAAAAGUACAAGUAUCAGUUACUCCAUAUAUUUAAUCACUGAGAACCUCAUACCUUUGAGUUUAUGAACUCAAAACAAUUGUCACAACAUCAAAUCACAAGGGGGGGGGGGAGGAGCAAAGUGUGUCUGCUCUGCGCUGUGACAGGAGCAGCACCUUUACACAGAGACAGACAGCCAGGUCGCCUCUUUGAUGAAACCACCAUUGUGUAUACUGGAGAGAAACUAAAACUAUCAAUCUAAUUUCACUGGUUCUCAGGCGAACAUAUAAAGAUUUGUUGACAGCCAAAUCAAAAAUGGCAGCAGGUACAAUCUACAGAAAAAGACCCAGAAUGGAGUCUGCUCUGAAACCUCCCUGCCCUAUCAAACCGAGGCCCUGCAGACUGGACCAGAGUUCAUGGUGAGCAUGGUAGACCUCCUCACUGCUGGACCUGUGCCUGGAUCACCCAGCUCGUUAGAGGUUCACUGCUCAUACUAAGCCCUUGAAACAGUAGUUGGCCAAUAUUGGAUAAUAAAAUAUAAUACAUGAUAGGUAUUGUGUGGUUGAAUUACAAUAAGGAAUGGUCAAUGGUAAGCACUGUGGCCUCACAGCAAGAAGCUACUGGGUUGGAACCCUGGUGGCCCGGGGCCUUUCUGCUUGGAGUUUGCAUGUUCUUCCCGUGUCUGCAUGGGGUUUUCUCCAG